ACUGCUGUCCCCGUUCAAAACACCAGAGUGGAUGUUUUUGUAGCACACUGGUGCGUGUAGAUCGGUUUAACUAACACCGAGCUUUGGGCUGCCACGGUAGCCUACCGGCACUUCAAAGACACACCAUGGCGUGGACAAAAUAUCAGCUGUUUCUCGCUGCGUUGAUGCUCUCAACUGGAUCCCUCAACACAUUAUCCGCAAAAUGGGCUGAUCUGUUCAGUGCUCCAGGAUGUGGGGAUGUCCCAGACCAUACCUUCUCUCAUCCAUUCGUACAGGCGGUGUGUAUGUUCUUGGGGGAACUGGCCUGUCUGGCCGUGUUCUACCUGCUGCUGUGUCACGACCGGCGGUCCCCUGAGCCCAAAAUGGAGCCUCAACAGAGCUUCAACCUCCUGCUCUUUCUACCGCCGGCCAUGUGUGACAUGACCGGCACCUCCAUCAUGUAUGUGGCUCUGAACAUGACGAGCGCCAGCAGCUUCCAGAUGUUGCGUGGUGCGGUCAUCAUCUUCACGGGGCUCCUGUCUGUGGCCUUCCUGGGCCGCAAGCUGCAGCCGAGCCAGUGGGUGGGCAUCCUCUGCACCAUCCUGGGCCUCGUGCUCGUCGGCCUGGCCGACUUCAUCGGCAAGGGCCACGACGACUCGCACAAGCUCAGCGAGGUCAUCACAGGUGACCUCUUGAUCAUCAUGGCUCAGAUCAUCGUGGCUGUGCAGAUGGUCCUGGAGGAGAAAUUUGUCUACAAGCACAACGUGCACCCUCUCAAAGCUGUCGGCACAGAAGGCAUGUUUGGCUUCGUCAUCUUGUCCCUGCUGCUGAUCCCCAUGUACUUCAUCCCCGUCGGGAGUUUCGGCCAGAACCCCAGGCAGGUGCUGGAGGACGCGCUGGACGCCUUCUGCCAGAUCGGACACCAGCCGCUGGUGCUGCUGGCGCUCUUCGGCAACACGCUGAGCAUCGCCUUCUUCAACUUCGCCGGCAUGAGCGUCACCAAGGAGAUGAGCGCCACCACGCGCAUGGUGCUGGACAGCCUGCGGACGGUGGUCAUCUGGGCGGUGAGCCUGGCGCUGGGCUGGGAGGUGUUCCACGGCCUGCAGGUGCUGGGGUUCCUGGUGCUGCUGACGGGGACCAUGCUCUACAAUGGCUUACACCGCCCCCUGCUGGCCCGGAUACCGUGCUGCGCUCACCUGGCAGGGAGCCAGGAGGAGGCGGGAAGUGACGCAGAGAGGGAACGACUGGUGGCAGACAGCUAACUGCUAACGGUUAACGGGGUAUAACGAGUUUAGUGAAGCACUAAAGAACACACACCUACAUCUACACACAUACACACACACACACACACACACACACACACACACACACACACACACACACACACACACACACAUACAUUUGCGUUUUAAAUGGAUUUCUACCACUGCCUGUAGAGUGAAAACAUUACUUGCCUCCAUGUUGCGUGACAUUACGUAACGUUUAAAGGGAAAAACCUACUGGGAAAUAACUGUACAAUUACUUGUACAAAUGUACAACUUACAAUUUAAGCUGACAGUAGUUUGAAAAUAGUUUUUUUAAAAGCCAUUAAGACUGUAAAUGAAGAAAAGUAAAUAAGUUGCCACAAUUUGUAUAAAUUCCGUAAACAAGGAAGAUGUACUUUUUUGUUUGUUGGAAUGUACAUUUUAUAUAUGCUGGAGUUAAUACCAUGUACUCAUACCAUGUAUUUGUGCCAGUAAAUGAUGUGUCGACCUUUUUUACAUGGUACUAUAGUAGCUCAUCAGAUGCUCGUUGUCACAACUUUCACUUGCACUGUCGGUAAACAUGAGGUGAGUACCAUACCGUAAGGCCUUGGAAAGGCAUGGCUGGUAACGUGUUUGGGUGUUACUUUGGGAGCUGCUCUUCUUGCGCAUUUCUUGUUUUUGCCAAACACAAAGAUUUACAUGGCGCAGUGUCUAGGAGAUAAUGAAUUGCCUGUUUUGAUGGUGAACCGUGGCUUGAUGUCUCUGUACCUCUUUGUGGCUGUUCCAACGACCAUUAUCUCCCUGAGGAGCAAAUGGAUACAAGAACAAUCAGAGUGCUCAGUUUAGCAUGCAUGCUUGCGUGCUUUUUUAUCAAUGUCCCUGUUUUUCAAGUGAAUUUAGCCCAAUUAAAGGUUCUUGCGUCA